UGCAUCUACUGGGUCGAUUCACGCCCUACCCUCCCACCCCUAGUCCACCGAAACCCCCAACGAACCCUUCAAUCCAGCCUUUUCAUCGUCGCGCCACUAAUCAUCCUCCCUGUCUCCCAAGCCUCCAUCACACUUCGACUAUCAGUGCGGUCAUUCUGUCUAUCACUGGGUCCCCCAUCACCGCUGUAGAACCCGUAAUCCGCAGCUACGAACCAAAAAUUAACCCCACCCAACCCGCGCCUUCGUGUGGAAAAUAGACACCAGACGGCGUCCCGAGCAGUGCCCCGACUGCAUGAAUGGCGCUCAAACGUAAGACGCCCCUCUUUCCUUUCUUUUUCACCCAGGCGCGCCAGAGCCUGGUGCUGCGUCAGUCUGCCUACAUAUACAUAUAAGACCCGGCGCUGCGGAUCCACUGCCAGAGAUCGAUGGUCAUGGCUGUCUAUGUUCAACAUCUCCAUCAUCACUUCCUGUGAGAAAGGCAGAGCGGCGCCUUGCCUCCUCGACGUCUGACCCUGCUGCUCAAGAAGCAAUCCGGCCAGCACAGCAGAAAACUACUGCCACAAUGUUUCCCGCCAUGAUGGAUCCCAAGAGCGGGAAUGUCUUCGCGACAUGGCAUCUCUUCACCCGCUCCGAGAAGAAGAAUAUGAUGAUCUAUAUCGCAGGAAUCAUGGUAUAUAAAUUUGGUCUCGAAGUCUUUGUCGGCUCCUUCAUCUCACUCGCAUCGAAUCGCUACGACUACGCCGCCCGCGUUGGCGGAUAUACGCCUGUCACAUUCGGCCGCAUCGGCCUACUCCAAGGCCUCAACCAAGCCUUCCAGUGCUUCGGCGCCAUCCUCGUCGCCCCUCUGGUAAAGAGAUGGGAGACACGCAUCGUCCUCUCCGUCGCCAUUCUGGUUUUUGCGUUAUUCACUACCGUCAUCCUCAUCGUCGACGCUGCAACGGGCGGCACUUUCAAGCCUGCAGGCACUCCAGCCGGCGACUUCUCGUAUUACGGGGACUUUAACACUGACGGCAUGAUUCCCGUCUACUGCGUGACCGGUGUCGUCUACGGCAUGGUCGAGCUUAUCCGCCGCGUCAUCCCGCGAGACAUUGUCCGCUCCGACGUACAAAAGCUCCGCCGCCUCGACGCCACCGUCCACAUCUUCUACGAAGUGACCGGCACCGCCGGCGCCUUCACCACCGCCCUCGUCCUCAUCCCCCACCUCGGCAACAACAUGGCCAUCAUCGUCUCCCCCUUCUGCUUCGCCGGCGCCGCGUGCAUCUGGUCCUGCAUUUCGACCGCCGAGCACCCCACCACGGCCCCCAAACUCCGCACCGUCAACAGUCCCUCCUACCUCUCCCUCCUCUCCCAAUCCACGCAACUCUUCUUCGUCUCCAUCAGCACAGGCGCUCGCAUCCUCUUCACAAGCCGCAAAUUCAUCUGGCUCCUCCCUUCCUACUCCCUCGCCCUCUACGCGCAUCGCUACCUCGAGAACAACAUCGCCCCCCUCCUCGCGCAGCGCUACCUCCACAACUCUGCGUGGGCACAGCUCAUCGUCGGGGGAUCGAACUUCGGAGAACUGCUCGGCGCGCUGUUCGUUUUCCUUUUUACUAAUCUAGUCACCACACCUAUGCCGUGGUUGCGACUGGAUGCCUGCGGACUGCUGAUCGUGUGGUACCUCGCCUUCUGGCAUCCGACGCCGGGGCAGGUGGGUCAGGCGUGGAUGGUGGCGGCGACGUUCAUUCCGAUAUCGUUUGGAUGGGCUGCGGGAGAUAUUUCCCUCUCCGCUUACCUGCAAGCUAUGUUGCACCGACAGGAGCACGAACGCAAAGACGUUAGUGCCUUGGUGACAGUGAUGGCGUUCCUCUACUCGACGUAUAUCGUCACCUACUCCAUCUGUUCCCCAUUACUGGGAACUUACAUUGACAAAGUCUCCGCGGCGAAUGGCGGGGACGUGCACGAAGCUGUCAAGUACGUGGGUGGUGUGCAGUUCACCAUCAUCGCGUGCACGGUGUUCGCUGCUACGUUUAUUCCUAGGGGCUCCUUCGCGUUUAACCCUGAUAUGCUUGAGGGCGAGGAUCUCGAGGCAUACAGGGCGAGGGAUAUGGAGGAGAGGCCGCCGCCGGUGAAGCAGGAGAAGGUGGUUAAGACGAAGGAGGAGAAGAGGGAGCAGACGGAGAGUAUGAAGGGGUUGAAGGUGGGGGAUGAUGAUUGGUUUAUGGAUUUGUGAGGAACGAUCGGUGUAUAACAACCUUUCGUCAUCAUCACCUUUCACACACCUUUCACACCACUGCGCGGACCCCCUCGGUAUGAGGGGGUCCGGGUAUAUACAAGUAUAAUGGGAGCGGAUUCAACUCGGGAAUAGAGAUAGAUAUAUUUGGGCAGGAGCGAUUUUUGGGAGGGGGAUCAAUCAUUUUUUGUGGCGUUGGAUUAGCGAAACCUCUUUUUUAAGGGGCAAUUGGAAGGGGGAGCGAGGUGUAUAUUUAGGGGCGGGAUACACCUUUUGAGAGAUACCAACCAGGCGUAGG